UCACAAGUCCACAUGUUAUCUCUGCUAAUAAAUAGGAGUAGCUAUAUAACCAAACAGACCUGAAUUUGUUGUUCCUUGUUCUAUCCACUUUCUGUGAACAAUCUAACCUAGGGUUUUUCUAGGGUUUUCCUGAGAAACAAACAAUGGCCACAGACUACGUAAUCAACGUCGAUCGAUUCCAGAGCUUCUUCAACGAGCUCGAAACCCGCAAGACCCUCCUCACAACAAUCACAGAGCUACACAACAAACUCACCACCCACUUCACAUCAUUAGAACAAUCUUUCGCACAAAAAUCACAAACCCUAGACUCCAAGAUCGAAGCUUUCGAUGCCCAAACCAAAAAAACCCUCGAAUCACUCGAAAAUCGCGAGAACACAAUCCCCGAGCGCGAGUCCGCCGCUGCGGCCCGCAUCGAGGAGCAGAAGGAAUCGGCGAUCUCCGAUAUUGAAAAGUUGGGUUCUGAGGGCGUGGGAGAGAGGAAUUUGUCUGAUGUGUUGAGAAUGUAUUGUAAAAUGAUGGAUUCGAAAGGUUUGGUGAAGUUCUUGCUGGCAAAAAGGAAGGAGUCGGUGGCACUGCGGACGGAUAUUGCAGCGGCAUUGGAGGCGGCUGUGGAUCCGAUGAGGUUGGUGUUGGACGCCGUAGAGGAGUUUGUGGAGACAAAGGUGGAGGGGAAGGUUGGAGUGGCAGAUAGGCGUUGGGCGUGUGGUAUCUUGAUUCAGGCGGCUGUGACCGUUGGGGAGUCGGUCAAUGAUGGUGUGGCGCGUAGUCUGAGGGAGAGGGCGGCCGGGGUGUUAGAGAAGUGGAAGGGAUUGUUGGGUGGUGGAGAGGGGAGUGGGGUGGGGGCAGGUGAGGCAGCGAUGUUUUUGCAAAUGGUGGUUGGGGUUGGAUUGAAGGAGAAGUUUGAGGAGGAGUUCUUGAGGAAGUUAGUGGUGGAUUUCGCAGCUAGGAGGGAUAUGGCAAAGCUUGCGGUAGCUUUGGGGUUUGGAGACAAAAUGGGAGAUAUAAUUGAUGGGUUGGUGAAGAGUGGGAAGGAGAUUGAAGCUAUUUAUUUCGCGUUUGAGUCCGGGUUGACUGGUCGGUUUCCUCCGGUUGAUCUGCUCAAAUCGUACCUCAGGAACUGCAGGAAGAAUGCUAACAACAUAUCAAAGAAUGGAAAAUACAGUUCGACUGCAGUGGAAGAGGCCAACAACUCAGAGUUGAAUGCCAUCAGAGGUAUCAUAAAAUGUGUGGAAGACCACAAGCUUGAAUCGCAGUUCACCUUAGAAAGCCUAAGAAAGCGGGUCACUCAGCUUGAGAAGGCCAAGGCAGAGAAGAAGAAGAGUGGGGGAUCCACAAGCAAGCCUUCAAACAAACGGGCCCAUGGAGGAGGCGGUGGCAGGGGCAAUGGGGCACCCCCCUUCCGUCCGCCUAAAGCAGGGAGAUUUUCAAAUGCUUCUCCUUCUUUCCGCCACAGGAAUCCCUCCCAGUCACAUCCGGUCCCGGCUGCUAGAUUUUCUGCACCCUACAACUAUCCCAGCCAGAGUGUGUACGAGGGUCCUGGCACGACCUCAUAUGGAGGACCAGGGUAUGGUGGGACUUACACACAAAGCCCUGUUGCACGUCCUCAACAAUACUCGUACCCACCUCAGGAUGUUGGAGCUGCUGGGGUCCAAGCAAGUGGAUCAUAUGGAGGACAGGGUUCAUACGGAGGACAGGUGAACUAUAGUGCAUACGAUUAUGGUGUUGCUGCUGCUCCUACUUAUCCACCGUCAUACCCACAAGUGUAAAAUGUUAGUAGGGACGAGGACAAGGACGACAAAUGUAGCGUGACUCAAGUUAUUCUGUAUGGGAUUUAGGGCAGGAAUCAUAAAAGGCUCAUUUCCAUUGCUAUAGAAAAUGAUUAUUAGCACCAGCAUUAGUUAGUGUAUUUAACACCGGAUUUUCUUUUCUUGCUAAGGAUCUCUUGUUUUGUUAUUCUAAUGAAAUGUUUAGCUGAAUAACUCCUCUUGUGUUUUUA